UACUGUAUGAAUUUGCAAUUCAGGUAUGGUGAUAAAUAGUUGUACGAUAUCCAUAAGAUAAGUACAUAUAGAAGCUUUCACUUGGAUGAAACAGAGUCCAGGAUCGAACUGUGACGAUAUGAUGAAAUUAAUUUUCGUUCAUAAUGUUGAGCCUCUGGUUCAUCUUACCAAAAAUAUUUGGAAAUUUCUGAUCCUUGGACCUAAAUAGUAAGAAUUGUUUAGUUCUUAUAUUCAGCUAUAUUGAACUGUGAAUUCCGGUUAGCUGCUUAUUAACAUUCUAAAUGUUACGCUUGUGCUACUAUGCAAAAUUCUAUAGUUUGACAGGGAUAUUAUCUUUUGAAAAUAUUUUGGCACUGGAUUUUAGUGUAUUAGUUUUCCAGCAAUGUUGAUGCAUUUGCAAGACCAUGUGUCACGGAUCAGGUCAAUCAUAGAUGUGCUUCUGGUUUUUCAUACAUGGUCUACCCUGGGGCUGUUCAUUCAAGGUUUGAGCAUUCACUUGGGGUGUAUUGGCUGGCUAGUGAAGCUAUCAACAGACUGAAAACCUAUCAAGGCUUGGAGCUUGAUAUUGAUCAUUUUGACACACAAACUGUAAAACUUGCUGGUCUACUGCAUGAUCUGGGUCAUGGACCAUUUAGCCACACGUUUGAGCGUGAAUUUCUUCCACGGGUUUGUAAUGGCCAGAAAUGGUCUCAUGAAGAAAUGUCUCUGAAGAUGAUAGACCAUGUUGUAGAUGAGCACAACAUUGAUAUUGAUUCUGAAAGUCUCAAGAGAGUGAAGGAGAUGAUAAUUGCCUCUGAGAAUGGUACAUCCAAAAGCUUCAAAGAAAAGCUUUUCUUGUAUGACAUUGUUGCUAAUGGACGCAAUGGAAUUGAUGUUGACAAAUUUGAUUACAUUGUUCGAGAUUCCAGGGCUUGUGGUCUUGGGUGCAAUUUUCAGUUUCAGAGAGUGUUGGAAACCAUGCGAGUAAUAGAUGAUGAGAUAUGCUACCGUGCUAAGGAGUAUCUUACUAUCCAAAAGUUAUUUGCUGCUCGGGCAGAUUUGCAUCGCAUGGUCUAUAUGCAUGCAAAAGUAAAGGCAAUAGAAAUGAUGUUUGUUGACGCCAUGACGAAAGCUAAUGAUGUUCUUUGUAUUUCAUCCUACAUUGAUGAACCAGCCGAAUACUGGAAGUUAGAUGACACAAUUCUAAAAGCAAUUGAAACUUCUUCCAGUCAAGAUCUCAAGGAAUCCAGAGACCUGAUCCUACGCAUACGGAGAAGGGAGCUUUACCAGUUUUGCAAUGAGUUUGCAGUUCCAAAGGACAAGCUCGAGUACUUCAAAAAUGUCACUCCUCAAGAUAUAGUUUGUUCACAGAACUCGAGUCAUCCUAUACUGCAUGAGGAAGAUAUUGUAGUGAGUAAUGUGAAAAUUGAUCUGACUCGUGGAAGGAAUAAUCCGCUUGAGAGCAUCAGCUUUUUCAAGGAUUAUGAGAGCAAUGAGAAAUUUAAUAUAAAAGAUGAUCUGGUCAGCCACUUGCUUCCAACAUCUUAUCAAGACAUGAUUGUGAGAGUUUACUCGAAGAAGCCUCACCUGGUGGAAGCUGUGUCCGAGGCCUUCGAGAAUUUCCAGCUGAAGAUCUAUGGGAAGAAAGCUCAAGUUCAUGCAACACCUGAGAAGAAAAAGAGGAAGCGAUUGAGGCACAUCUGUGGAGGUGGUGUCUAAAAUGCUCACCUCAAUCUCACCUCGGAUGUGCAAAUGGUAUUAGCUGAGGGAGGUGUGUGGAUAUAAACUUAAAAACGCUUGUGACUGUAAUUAGAGAUUUGCAUAUCAUACUUCCACAAACAGGCUUUACUUUUACCCUCCUCCGUCUAUCUACUAAACAAAACGCUGGUAGUAUAUGUAUUUUCUAUGA